AUGGGGUGUAAUCGAAAUUGUGGUUUGCUGACGGGAACGAUCAUUGGGGCAGUGUUGGCCAUCCUCGGGGGAAUUUUAAUCCCAGUUGGAAAUAACCUCAUUGAGGAAUUAGUAAAAAAGGAAGUUGUCAUUGAACAUGGUACAACUGCCUUUAAGAAUUGGAUUGUUCCAGAGAGUCCCAUCUACAGACAGAUUUGGUUCUUUGAUGUACAGAAUCCAGAGGAGGUGAUGAAGAAUGGGUCUGCUCCAAUCCUUAAGGAGAAAGGUCCUUACACUUACAGGACGCGAUAUACGCACAAAGUAAACGUUAUGAAACAUGAUGAUGCCACCCUGUCUUACUUCCUGGAAAAUAUCUUUCUUUUUCAACCUAAUAUGUCCAGCGGGUUGGAAAGUGACAACAUCACCACUGUCAACCUGGCUGUUGUGACUGCACCUGUUUUGUAUCCGAAUGCGGCUCCAGCCCUGAAUAUAUUAAUACAACUAUCAAAAUCAAAACUUCUUCAAACUAGAACAGUGAAAGAAAUACUUUGGGGCUAUGAAGAUCCUUUCCUGAAAUUAAUUCCAUUUCCAAACAUUGAUAAGAUCGUUGGGGUAUUCUAUCCUCUCAACAAAACAUUUGAUGGCCCUUACCAAAUUUACAGCGGGAAAGAUGAUAUAAACAAAGUGGGAAUUAUACAGAGUUAUAAAAACAACAGGACCGUUGACUACUGGGAAAGUUAUUGUGGUAUGGUGAAUGGCACCGAUGGAGCAUCAUUCCACCCUUUUAUCAACAAGAGUGAAGAGCUGUAUUUCUUUUCCUCAGAUAUUUGCAGGUCAAUUUUUGUAACAUUUGAGAGUGAGAAGACAGCGAAAGAAAUUCUAGUUUAUCGCUUUUCUGUCCCUCUGUCGACUUUUGAACCACCCACUACCAAUCCUGACAAUAUGUGCUUCUGCAUUGACAUGGAAUUGAGUCGGAACUGCACAUUAACUGGAAUUCUGGAUCUCAGCUCCUGCAAAGAAGGUAAACCAGUCUAUAUCACGUUGCCCCAUUUCCUGCAUGUGAGUGAAGAACUUUUUCACCAUGUUGAGGGAUUGAAGCCAGUUGAGGAAGAACACAGAAUCUUUCUGGAUGUAGAACCAAUCACAGGAUUUACCUUGCACUAUGCCAAAAGGUUGCAGAUAAAUUUAAAGGUGAAACCUAACUCAAAGAUCAUAGCACUAAAAAACCUCAAGCAAGAAUAUUUAUUUCCUGUUUUGUGGAUGAAUGAGACGGCUAUAAUUGGGGAUGAGAAUGCAGAGCUUUUCCGAUCAAAAGUGACCGACAAGAUCAAGUUGCUGAACAUCAUCCAAAUAGUGCUCAUAACCCUUGGUUCUGUGAUGUUCCUGGGAUUCUUCAUUGCCUUUUGCGCAUGCAGAAAAAAGAGUUCCAAAUAAGUAAUAGAUAAAGCAGAAUUUGAAAUUCAGAUAAGUUAAUUCUUUUCUUUCAGAUUCUGGGUGGCAUUCAACAUUAAAAAAAAUAGUGAGAA